UACGUUCUUUCAGAUGCUGUUUGUUUCAGAUUUCGAAUUUGAAUCUGGUGACUGGUCCGAACUGGUAUCUCAGAAGACGCUAAAUAUAAAUCUCUCGGUUUCAGCCAACGAUGGCAGUAUGCAUGGGAGUCAAGGCUCUACUUAGCUGGGUCAACAGUUUAAAACUGGUAGACCGAGAAGUAAAGGCUGACGAUUUGCAAUGUGGGUCAAUCUUACUUCAAAUUGUUCACACAAUCAAAAAGAUACCCAGCCCUGACAUAGGUCUUUCUGCGGAGGAGCGGUUCAGACGUAUUUCAGAGUUUUUGGACAGGGAAUGCAGAUUUAACCAAUCCAAUGGGACCUCACUGUCUUGGGACAAAAUAAGAGAUGGCAACAAUAUAACUGUGGAAAUCUCAAAGGUUCUGUUGUUGCUGGUUUAUCAUGACAUGAUGAACGACAGAUGUUGUCUGAACAGUUUAGACCUUGAAGUCGAGCAAGAGAUUGCAAGACUCACAAGCUCAUUUGUUAUGGAAGGAGAGGGUUGCGUGUAUCUCAGUCGCCAACUUGAUGCUUAUUUGAGGCAAAGGACUUUGGGUGCUGACAGGGAAAUAUUUGAUGAGAUUGACACUGCGUCUUUGUCGAGUGUUUCCACCCUCUCAUCACUGUCAGAAGAGUCACCCAUAAUCACCCGCACACGGAAAAUCACUUUUAUGGAUCUGCACACUGUAGCCACUUCCUCUGCCAGCAAGUCUCCUCUUCAAGACAUUAUGAACACACCAAAAUUUCAGCUAAGGAAGAUGAAAUGCGAGUUGACUAAAGAAAGAGACUUAAGAGAUUCGUUGGAGAGGGAGCUGAAUGGCAAUAUUGUGUUAAUCGAGCAAAAAGAGUCAUUUAUCAACCACCUACAAUAUCAUCUGGACAAGCUAAAAGAAGAGCAUAGUGAUCGGGAGAAGCUAAACCGGGAACAAAUUGAGGAGCUGCAGAACAAAAACAACACAUUACAGCAGCGGCUCCAUGAAAUUUCAAAAGAAAAAAAUGAUUUUAAAAGGAGCUCCUCUCUUAUGGAGAGAAAAGUGGAUCAGAUGACAGAAGAAAAUGGUUCACUCUCUUUCGAGUUGAGAGGAGCGCGCUCUCAGCUGGAUUCCUAUGAGGCCAAAGUUGGUCAGUUGACAGCCACCCUGGAAUCUGCUCACGGGGAGUGGGAAACCCAGAAGAAUCACUUACAGUCUGAGCUUCAAGAAGCCACAACUGAAAAGGAGAUCCUAGCUGAAAGAGUCCAGAUCUUGCUGGGAAAGAUUUCAUGCUUAGAGGAUGAAGUGAGUCAAGCAUCCAAGGAAGAAGUGGGAGAAAACCUGUGGACUGUGACAGAGAAAAUAAUGGAGAAUGAAAUCAGCUCCUUGCGUAAUGAGCUUGAAAACGCGUUGGACUCUUUGAAGAAGGCAGAGCUGGAGGUUGAGGCGAAAACUCUGCAGCUAGCUGAGCGUGAACAAGAAAUGGGCAAACUGCAGCAGGAGAUAGACGAGGAGAGAACUUCCCUUGACCACGAGAUUCAGCGUCUUACACUUCAACUGGAGCAGGUUGAGCAACUGAGAAACGAGCAAACAUCUAAGCUGCAAGAACAGAUUGAAGCUUGUGAGCAAGAGCUUGAAAUCCUGAAGCAAAUGAAGAUGGAGAAUGAGCAUCAGCUUAGCCUGGCAGAGGCAAAGGUCAAUGAUCUUGAGGCGAAGUUGUCUGCUGCCAUUUCUCAGUUAAAUGAUAAAGAGCAACAAAUUAACACUCUGAGGGAAGAAGUUGAAGUCUUCACAGUGCAAACAAGAAAAUUCACAGACGAAUGUCAAACUAAAGAUCAAAUGAUUGCAGAGUUGCGUCUGGAGAAGUCGACUGAGCUGGAGAUUCUUCAGAGUAAAAUGAAUACCGUUACCACGCAGGUUGAAGACCUUGGCCUUGAGCUCAUUGAAGCGCAGCUGGAAAUUCAGCGCAAGCAAGACCUUUUGGCUCAAACCCAGCAGGAGAAUAUCACCCAAAGACAAGAACUUGAGCAUCAGAUUUCCCUGACCAAAGAAGAGGCUGAGAAGCUGAAUCUGGAAAUACUGACAAAGAAUGAGCAGCUCGUUGCUCUGGAGAGUUGCAGCUCUCAACAAUCUGAAAUGCUACGGGGUGAAAUCCUAAUUUUGAAUUCUCAAAUUCAUAGUCUGAAUAGUCAUCUUGAUAUGGCCAAAGAGCGCAUUCAAACCCAGCAAGUUUUGCUCAGAGAGCAGGAGCAGCAGAGUGCACAUGACAAGGACCUCCUUCAGCAGCAACUGUCUGCAUCUGAGGAAGAAAUGAGGUGCAUUAAGGAAGAAAUUGAGACCAAAGAGGAAAACAUUUCUCAUCUAAAAUUGCAGUCCACUGUGCAGACUGAAGAGAUCAGAGCGUUAGAGGAACAGGUGGAGUGUCUGUCUUCUUCACUGAGAACUUCAGAGGAGAAUUUGCGAUCCAAGGAGUCUGAAUUUGCCAAACAGCAAGUGGAAAGUGCUCAGACCAUGGAAGCACUCAGGAAGCAGAUGAUGGCCUACCACGAUGAGGUGAAUAAGUUAAAUGAAGAAAUCAAUUCCAAGGAGAACCAUCUUAUUGUUUUAAAGGAGGAGAGUGCCACACAAUGUGAAGCAUUGCAGCGGGAGGUUUCUGAUCUCAACCAUGAAAUGAAAACUCAACGGGAAUCUCUGUUUGCUGCCAGAGAAGAAAUUGAAGCAAAGGAGACUGUAAUUAUUGGUCUCAAAGAGCAGCUGGAAAGUGUGAGUCAGAGCUUCAAGAGUACUGAUCAUCAGUUAAAAGUAAAGGAGGAUUUGCUUGCUGAGAAAGAGCGUGAGGUUUCUCUGGAGAAGGAAAAGUUCCAUAAUCUGGUUCAGACCUCUCAGGAUGAGGUGAAGAGGCUGGAGGACAACAUUCGAUCAAAGGAGGAAGAACUUCACACACGUGCUGCUGAGGGGUCCUAUCAAUCCAACAUGCUACAGGAAGAGAUCGAGGUGCUCAAAUCCCAGUUGGAUGAGUCAAGGGCUUCACUCUCGAGAGCAGAUGAGACGAUGCAGGAGCAGCUGUCUGUCAUCACCAAGCUGGAGGAGGAAGUUAGUGAAGGCAAGAAGCUUCAUCUGCAACAACUGGCCAGUUCUGAAGCUGAGAUGAAGAAGAUACAGGAGGAGAUUGAAUCUAAAGAGGAGCAGAUAGUUCUGCUGGAGACCAAAACCUCUGAGCAGACUCUCCUCCUCCAACAGGAAAUAAACAAUCUUCAGAAACAAGUGGAGACUUUAAAUUCCUCUUUGAAAGUUGUGCAGGAAGACAUUCAUUCAAAAGAAGAUCUGUUGGCUCAUCAAGAGAAGAAGGCAGCUGAAGUGCUGCAAGAAAAUGUCCAACAAAGAGAGCUCCUGCAGAGUCAGGUUAGCAUGUGUGAAAAGGAGAUUCAGAAUCUGAAGGAGUCUCAGAAGCUCCUCCUGGAGAAACAGGAACUUCUCCAGGCAGAGUUGUCUGCUGAACAGACCCUUGCAGUGGAAAAUGAGACAAAGCUGAAGAACCUGAGUGAGGAGUUUGUUGUCAAGACAAACAUGUAUGAAACAUUAAAAGCAGAGGCUGAGAUUCUGGAGAAGAUGAAGGCGAGCGAUGCUGAGCAGAGGAAUGAGCUUCAGAAGCAGCUGUUGGAACUCACCGGUCAAGUUGAAAGCCUUUCCACAAAGCUCCUUUCAAAGGAGCAGCAGUUGGCCCUCUCUCAGAGGGAAUCAGCCGAGCAGACUGAGAAGAUCAAGCAAUUGGAGAGCCUAAACCUGGAGAUUCAGAGUCUCAAAGAGCAGCUGGAAAGGGUCAGUGAGGCUUCAAAGAUGACUGAUCAUCAGUUAAAAGUAAAGGAGGACUUGCUUGCAGAGAAAGAGCGUGAGGUUUCUCUGGAGAAGGAAAAGUUCCAUGAUCUGGUGAAGACCUCUCAGGAUGAGGUGAAGAGGCUGGAGGACAACAUUCGAUCAAAGGAGGAAGAACUUCACACACGUGCUGCUGAGGGGUCCUAUCAAUCCAACAUGCUACAGGAAGAGCUCGAGGUGCUCAAAUCCCAGUUGGAUGAGUCAAGGGCUUCACUCUCGAGAGCAGAUGAGACGAUGCAGGAGCAGCUGUCUGUCAUCACCAAGCUGGAGGAGGAAGUUAGUGAAGGCAAGAAGCUUCAUCUGCAACAACUGGCCAGUUCUGAUGCUGAGAUGAAGAAGAUACAGAAGGAGAUUGAAUCUAAAGAGGAGCAGAUUGUUCUGCUGAAGACCAAAACCUCUGAGCAGACUCUCCUCCUCCAACAGGAGAUAGACAAUCUUCAGAAACAAGUGGAGACUUUAAAUUCCUCUUUGAAAGUUGUGCAGGAAGACAUUCAUUCAAAAGAAGAUCUGUUGGCUCAUAAUGAGAAGAAGGCAGUUGAAGUUCUGCAAGAAAAUGUCCAACAAAGAGAGCUCCUGCAGAGUCAGGUUAGCAUGUAUGAAAAGGAGACUCAGAUUCUGAAGGAGUCUCAGAAGCUCCUCCUGGAGAAACAGGAACUUCUUCGGGCAGAGUUGUCUGCUGAACAGACCCUUGCAGUGGAAAAUGCGACAAAGCUGAAGAACCUGAAUGAAGAGUUUGUUGUCAAGACAAACAUGUAUGAAACAUUAAAAGCAGAGGCUGAGAUUCUGGAGAAGAUCAAGGUGAGCGAUGCUGAGCAGAGGAAUGAGCUUCAGAUGCAGCUGUUGGAACUCACCAGUCAAGUUGAAAGCCUUUCCACAAAGCUGCUUUCGAAGGAGCAGCAGUUGGCCCACUCUCUAAGGGAAUCAGCCGAGCAGACUGAGAAGAUCAAGCAAUUGGAGAGCCUAAACCUGGAGAUUCAGAGUCUCAAAGAGCAGCUGGAAAGGGUCAGUGAGGCUUCAAAGAUGACUGAUCAUCAGUUAAAAGUAAAGGAGAACUUGCUUGCAGAGAAAGAGCGUGAGAUUUCUCUGGAGAAGGAAAAGUUCCAUGAUCUGGUGAAGACCUCUCAGGAUGAGGUGAAGAGGCUGGAGGACAACAUUCGAUCAAAGGAGGAAGAACUUCACACACGUGCUGCUGAGGGGUCCUAUCAAUCCAACAUGCUACAGGAAGAGAUCGAGGUGCUCAAAUCCCAGUUGGAUGAGUCAAGGGCUUCACUCUCGAGAGCAGAUGAGACGAUGCAGGAGCAGCUGUCUGUCAUCACCAAGCUGGAGGAGGAAGUUAGUGAAGGCAAGAAGCUUCAUCUGCAACAACUGGCCAGUUCUGAAGCUGAGAUGAAGAAGAUACAGAAGGAGAUUGAAUCUAAAGAGGAGCAGAUUGUUCUGCUGGAGACCAAAACCUCUGAGCAGACUAUUCUCCUCCAACAGGAGAUAGACAAUCUUCAGAAACAAGUGGAGACUUUAAAUUCCUCUUUGAAAGUUGUGCAGGAAGACAUUCAUUCAAAAGAAGAUCUGUUGGCUCAUCAUGAGAAGAAGGCAGUUGAAGUUCUGCAAGAAAAUGUCCAACAUAGAGAGCUCCUGCAGAGUCAGGUUAGCAUGUAUGAAAAGGAGACUCAGAUUCUGAAGGAGUCUCAGAAGCUCCUCCUGGAGAAACAGGAACUUCUCCAGGCAGAGUUGUCUGCUGAACAGACCCUUGCAGUGGAAAAUGAGACGAAGCUGAAGAACCUGAGUGAGGAGUUUGUUGUCAAGACAAACAUGUAUGAAACAUUAAAAGCAGAGGCUGAGAUUCUGGAGAAGAUGAAGGCGAGCGAUGCUGAGCAGAGGAAUGAGCUUCAGAAGCAGCUGUUGGAACUCACCGGUCAAGUUGAAAGCCUUUCCACAAAGCUCCUUUCUAAAGAGCAGCAGUUGGCCCUCUCUCAGAGGGAAUCAGCCGAGCAGAAGAAGAAGCUUGACUCUGUGAAUUCAGAGAUGAAGCAAUUCAAAGAGGCGCAAAGUCUUCGGUUAAUACGGGAAGAAGCAGAACGUGAGCUUCAGGAAGCCAACGCAAAAGAAAAGGAAGUCCUGGUCAAGGAAAAAGACUUGCUCGUGUCCCAGUUAUCCAAGAUGGGGAAGGAGCAGCAGUUGGCCCACUCUCUAAGGGAAUCAGCCGAGCAGACUGAGAAGAUCAAGCAAUUGGAGAGCCUAAACCUGGAGAUUCAGAGUCUCAAAGAGCAGCUGGAAAGGGUCAGUGAGGCUUCAAAGAUGACUGAUCAUCAGUUAAAAGUAAAGGAGAACUUGCUUGCAGAGAAAGAGCGUGAGAUUUCUCUGGAGAAGGAAAAGUUCCAUGAUCUGGUGAAGACCUCUCAGGAUGAGGUGAAGAGGCUGGAGGACAACAUUCGAUCAAAGGAGGAAGAACUUCACACACGUGCUGCUGAGGGGUCCUAUCAAUCCAACAUGCUACAGGAAGAGAUCGAGGUGCUCAAAUCCCAGUUGGAUGAGUCAAGGGCUUCACUCUCGAGAGCAGAUGAGACGAUGCAGGAGCAGCUGUCUGUCAUCACCAAGCUGGAGGAGGAAGUUAGUGAAGGCAAGAAGCUUCAUCUGCAACAACUGGCCAGUUCUGAAGCUGAGAUGAAGAAGAUACAGAAGGAGAUUGAAUCUAAAGAGGAGCAGAUUGUUCUGCUGGAGACCAAAACCUCUGAGCAGACUAUUCUCCUCCAACAGGAGAUAGACAAUCUUCAGAAACAAGUGGAGACUUUAAAUUCCUCUUUGAAAGUUGUGCAGGAAGACAUUCAUUCAAAAGAAGAUCUGUUGGCUCAUCAUGAGAAGAAGGCAGUUGAAGUUCUGCAAGAAAAUGUCCAACAUAGAGAGCUCCUGCAGAGUCAGGUUAGCAUGUAUGAAAAGGAGACUCAGAUUCUGAAGGAGUCUCAGAAGCUCCUCCUGGAGAAACAGGAACUUCUCCAGGCAGAGUUGUCUGCUGAACAGACCCUUGCAGUGGAAAAUGAGACGAAGCUGAAGAACCUGAGUGAGGAGUUUGUUGUCAAGACAAACAUGUAUGAAACAUUAAAAGCAGAGGCUGAGAUUCUGGAGAAGAUGAAGGCGAGCGAUGCUGAGCAGAGGAAUGAGCUUCAGAAGCAGCUGUUGGAACUCACCGGUCAAGUUGAAAGCCUUUCCACAAAGCUCCUUUCUAAAGAGCAGCAGUUGGCCCUCUCUCAGAGGGAAUCAGCCGAGCAGAAGAAGAAGCUUGACUCUGUGAAUUCAGAGAUGAAGCAAUUCAAAGAGGCGCAAAGUCUUCGGUUAAUACGGGAAGAAGCAGAACGUGAGCUUCAGGAAGCCAACGCAAAAGAAAAGGAAGUCCUGGUCAAGGAAAAAGACUUGCUCGUGUCCCAGUUAUCCAAGAUGGGGAAGGAGCAGGCCGCUCUGAAGAAAGAGGUAGAAGCUCUGCUCUGUGAGAAGGACAGCCUAGUUAAGACCAACCAGACCAUGGAGAUGGUCAACAUGGCUUCGAGUAAGAUGAAAGCAGCACUGCAGCAGGAGCUGGAAUUACUCAAGAAGGAGAACGAGCGGCUGGUGGAGGAGAAAAAUGAGCAGGAGAAGCAGCUGAAGAAAGAAAUGCAGCAAACGUUCACCAGGAUAAAUGCUGGCGAUCACUGCAAGGAUAAGGAACGCUUGCGCUCUGACUCAUCUACUUGGAUGUCCACACGGCGAACACUGAGCUCUGACAGCUUAGACCAGAGUUCUCUGGAGGACUCUCUGAACAGCAACACGAAAAUUGCUGCUCCUGAGGAGUCCAGCACACCGCUUGUUCGUAGCUCAGAGCGACUUGCAGCCAAGCGGGGGGCUAUUGAAGCCGAGUCCUUGGAAACUCUGUACUUUACCCCCAUUCAUGGCAAACAUGUCGGCAGGACCAAGUUGGACAGCAAGAUGGAUUCCUCCUGUAAAAACCCAACUUCAUCUGUGAAGCGCCGUCGGACCACGCAGGUUAUAAACAUCACCAAGAAGACUACUGGCAAGGAGGAGGAGGAUGAGACCUUCUACAGCCUGGCCUCGGCUCGCUCUCAGCCAAACCUAUGCAGUGACCAAACUGCCUUGGAUGAUCUAAACAUGCCCUGCAGAAUGGCCGACGCCGCCAGUGACCGGCUCAUCGGUCUCCCUGGGUACAGGAGGAGCACCAUCCAUGCCAAGUCCACCAGUACUUUCUGUGUCGGGGAGGAGAACGAGCCUGAGACGUCACCAGAGGAUUGGAUGAGGAUUGCGGAGCUCCAGGCCAGAAACAAAGCUUGUCUUCCUCAUCUGAAAAGUAGCUACCCGAUAGAGUUUGAGAGUGGUCGGCCCAAUGCCUUUGUGUUCAGUGACGAUGACGUCCGUAAUGGCGACCCAUCGGAGACCAUCCGCCGCGCCUCCAUGAUGCCUGGCCAGUUGCAGGAAUCUCUCGCCUCGCACCGCCACUCCCUCAUGGUUGGGAAGACCAACACCAUCAACACACGCUCCCACAGACUGUCUCUGAUGCCAGACCAGCCAGUGCCCAGAACCAUCAGCGCGUCCGCCGUGAAGAGCCCUCGCCCAGCGAAACGCAGUGCAGCUACACUGCCGCUGUCCAAACUGUCGCCUGAGAAAAGAGUGAAGGCCAGCUGCUUCCCUCGCCCUCUCACCCCCAAGAACAGGAACGUGAAGACGGGAGGCUCAGAUGCUGCCAUGACUCCAGCUGACCGGAGGAAGUCAAUGAUGUUCACUAUUGACAACACACCAAAGACAAACAAGCUGCUGAAGAGAAGCUUGAACAAACUCCGGAGCUCCCUCAAGGGCCAAGAGAAUACGCUGUCUGGACGGUGAAGGAUGAACAAAGCUGGUGUAUGGAUGUUUUUUUUUCCUCUUAAAUCUUAUAAUCUAAUAUAUGCAUAUGCAAAUGAAGGUUGAGGGUGAAAUACUUCACAUUCUAUUCUGUUCACAUUUUUCUUUUAAAGGGUUUUAUGGCGUUUUUCCGCGUCUGAUCUUUUAUCUAAGCUUUCACAAUGUGUUGUUUGGUCAGUCUCCUUUUAGCAAAUUCGAUGUUCAUUUUUUCUUCUCCUUUUAAUAACAUGUUCCUGGACCGAUUCCUCAAUACGUUGCUGAUGAUUACUAAUAUGCUACAUGUCUUGCAUGUACAUAAUAGACUUUACAUGUCAAUUCUGAGUUCUUGUUGCGCUUUUUUUAAACUGUAUUUUCUGUGCUGUUCAUACCAUUCAUGUUUUUGGAAACCUGUGUCACUGUUCUUCUUUCUGCACUGUCCUUUGUACAAAAAUGACUACUUCUUUAUGUAUAUUGUAAAUAAA